ACAGUGACACAAACCAACGAUCUGCCUCUCGCCACACGACGCCGCAUGCGCCGAGAUCAGCCUAUGUACGGCGGUGAAUUCGUACGAUAUCUGGGAGCGAUCGAGAGGCCGGAUACGCCUCCUACUCCGCCUUUGGAUCUUGAUGUCGAUGUCGAUGUUGAGUUGAUGGAAUCAGAAGAGGGAGGUCCCGAGUCGCCGGAGAUACCGCCACAGGAGCAAACGCAGGACUCUAAGCCAGAGGAGCGGCAGAGUGCUGGAUUGGUGUCGAGAUUGCCGGUCGUGAUUCAGAGACUGUGGAGUCGCCUUCGUCAUCUUCGGGAUACUGUGUGCAUUCGUGGGGGUGGUGUUAAUCUGAAUCCACGUCGUAGGUCGAGAGUGGAGAGACCCCAGAUGUCGGAAACGGAGAAGGUACAUGUUCGAUGACAACGGGCGUUCCAAAUUAUCCUCAUACUUCUGUUCGAUCACCCGUAAUGUGUUGCUUCAAUUUUCUCGUCCUUCGCCAUACUCUACAUACUACUCCUUGUACGACAUAUGCCUCACGCCCAGUCCACCAUCCGGUUAUGAAUGAGUGGAUCAUACGAUAUCUACGACCUUCCUUGUAUCAUGUUAUUAUUGUGCAUAUGCAUCUCUUUUUCUAC